GGCAGGGAGUCGGAGCUGUUGCACAAGGGAGCGGUCUGUUGGAGCUGUUGCUAUUGCCUGGAAUUGAACGCUUGAUCGUUACAAAAUGCUGUAGGUGAGGAUCCGUAGAUAAAUCCGUCCAUCACAUGUACACUUUUUCUUUGCCCUCUGGGCUAUACCGAAAGAAACCAUCUACCGAAAGAAACCAUUUGCUAGACGAUCAAUUUUCUGGACAGGGUCCAGCUAGCAUACCAAGCAAGCCGGCUGAUCAGUGCUCCUGUAGGCACUGCGUCUCUUGACAGGUAGACCACCUUUUGCAGGGACUUCACACAAGGGGGGGCAACAUCUCUGUUUGAAAAUUUGUGACCUGCCGCAGUCAUUUGUUCAGUGCUCGCAUGUUCGUUUCUGUAGCAGACUACAUGAGACGGUGAGCGGAGGUUGGUUAGAGCAACGUAGUCAGACUCAGGGGUAAGGACAAUCUUCAGGAGCUUUGCAACAUCUUUGUUGCAUGCCGAAGGCCCACUUCGCCCAGCUUGCUCUGACAGAUGGCAAACCCGGCUGAAUCUGAGGUUCCGGAAACCAGUCACAGCGCUCCAGGUGGCGCCGCAGCGGCCAUGGAGCUGAUCGCUGAGCUGGAGGAGCGGCUGGAGAAGGCGCAGGCAGAAAAGGAGCGUCUGCAGAGGGACGUUGAUGAGCUGUGCAAGCAGCAGGUGGGGCAGGGGCUUCUGGGGGUGGCCUUUGGGUCUUCGGAGGCCGUCGCAAGGAUACACGCCCGGAGGGUGAGUGGCUUGGAGGAUCAGAUACGCGGUUGGAAGGCCCAGAACCAGGAAUUGACCAAGCAAGCCGCUGAGAUGCAAGCUGAGAUUCGGGAGCUGCACCGCACAAAGACCAUCGCCCAGCAGGCGCUGCGCGACGCCGACGAGCGCGCACGGCUGGCGCGCGCCGACGUCGCCCACUUUCAGAACCAGGUCGCGGCGGCGCUGGGGCAGCGGGACGAGGCGCUGCUCGAAGCCGACCAGGCCAAGGAGCGGUGUGAAAAGGCGCUAAGCGAGUGUGAAGCGGCUCAAGAGCGGUGUGAAAAAGCAAUCCAGGAGAGGGAUCGGUUAGGAACAGAGCUGGCGGAGUUGAAGGCGGAGGUGGGCCGGUUUCUGCACGAGGGGGGUGAAAGUGGGGCCCUAAGGAGCCCCCCGGAAGCGAUUGGGCAGGACGCGGCGGAGGGGAUGUGCCAGGAAUGUGGGAGAGGAUCGUCCAGGCGGGAAGAGGAAGGAGGGGCGGAAGAGUCCGAUGUAAACGACGAGGCGGUUAGCGAGGAAGAGCAAGACACGGCUAGUGAAGGAUCCUUCGACGAAGAGUCGGUUAAUGCAGGACGAUUGGGAGAAGACGCUUCUGAACCAGGAGAAGCAAGUGACGGAUGUUUGAACGUCCAGAAAGGGACGCCAGGGGAGGGCUUCGCUAGUGAAGCUUAUGAAGCGGAGAGGCGGGCGAUGCAUGAGAGAGUGGAAAGCUUGGAGGAGCAAUUGCGGCUGGUGACGGAAGAAAGGGAGUUGCUCAGGAAUGAGCUAGAGGCCUCAAAACGGGAAGAAAAAGAUGGGGGUAAUUUGAGAGCUGCUGUUGGGACGGUGGCUGAGACGCAAUUCGUUGGAGGAGUUGUUAAGAGGAAGGGUGUAGAGACGCAGAUAGGAACGGCCGCAGAUGCAUCGGCAUCAGAAGAAACGGAGGCCGAGUUGCGGGAAUCGACCACAACAGCGCUCGGCAAAGAAACUCAUACAGAAGCAGAGUCGGAAGUAGAGCGAGAGAAACGAGAGCCGGUACGCGCAGAGUCACUGCCACGUGUCAACGUUUUCGACGUCGAUGCGCUCGGCGCAGGGCUUGUGAGUGCCAGCUCGGCUUUGCAAGCGCAGCUGUCGCAGCUUCUGAACGAGCCGGGAGUUGCGUCUGUGCUCGAAGAAACUGCAGAACGGGCGAUAGCCAGUCAAGAACUCCCGGAAAGUGCCACGUCAUCGGCCGAAAAUAGGUCUCUGGAUCUGUCCCUUUCCUCUACCCACCCCUGGAAACUUCCUCGGCCGAACAGGGUCAGCGAGCUCGACGAGUCUGCUAACCUUGGCGCAACCUCUUCAGUCAACUCACACAAAGCGAGCGAAAGCCCCUCGGAUCAACCUUCAGCUCCCAGCAAUAGUAGCUCCGAUAAGCCCCCAGACUCCGGCAAUAGUCGACUAGGAGGUCUAUCCAACUCCGACGGCUUAUCGGCGAUUCCUGGCGAAGAGUUCGAUGUGCGGCGCGCCCUCGCACAGGCAGCACAGGAAAAGGUCGCGGCCCUAGUUCUGCUGAGUCAGCAAGAGGAGCGGCACGAGAUGGAGGCGCGCCAAACCCUAAACCUCCACGCGCGACUCGGGGAGGCGCAGGAGCGGCUCGCGGACGUGGUCCAGGAGAAGGUCGCGGCGCUGCUCGAAGUAGCGCAGUUGAGGGAAGAGGUUAAGAAUCUGAAGGACUCGGAGAGGCGGCUCUCCGCUCUGAUCCAGCAGCAGCAGGGGGUCAGCUCGCUCAGUAGCAGGCUGCUCCCCGCAGUCUGGUCCAAACCCCCCGCGGCAAAAGACGGGGCAAAAGAAAGCGGCCAGGGAAACAGUGCCAGAUCGCCCGCCGUCAGCCCGUCUCCCAGCGCCGUGUCAUUGGAAGAGCAGGAACGAACUGGCCCCACUAGCCCCAGCUGGUUCUCCGCCAAGCCCGCCUCCGCCCCGACCAGCCGCCGGCAUUCCGGCAAUGGAACCGGAACCGGAACCGGAACGGACCCCCAACAGAAGAAGCCCAAUUGGUACCGGGGCUGGAUCCCCCGGGGUGACGUCAGCAAACGCCCUGCGAGAAGCGAGGGAUGGAGCAGCGGGGACGAGGGGGGGGGUGACGUGGCGCGCCUGCGGGUGGAAUUUGCAGCGCUCCAGGAGAGAGUCGCGACGGUGGAUCGGCUGACGGCGUCGGUGCAUAAGCUGCGGACCAGACUCGCGGGGGCUGUAAGCGGAGUCCCCAACAUCGAUAGCCUAUCCUCCUCCCAAAGCGUAUCCCAUGUUCGCGCCGCCCUUGAGACCAUCGAAGCAGUGGCGACCGAGGCGGGGCAGCUUAAGACUGCGCUGGGGGGCUCUUUGCCAGUAAGUUACUCGGAAGAGGGGGGGUACUCCACCAGCGAAAACGAGGGGGUAAAAACGGGAACGCGCGAUGUGAUGGAUACUGCAGCGGCGGCGGGGGUUGAAAUGGCGGAACUGAUCAUAGCAACGGCGGAAGUGCAACGGGGGGUCUUGCAGAAACUGCUUGAGAAUGAUUCCAAGGGAUCCCCUCAGAGUGGUGGGUUAUUGGCGUGAUAGGAUGGGCUCGCCGGGGCAGUUUGUCUGAGAAGGUUCCUGGGGGCGCUUGAGAAGAGGGUGCAGCGCAAUCUAUGAGCGUCCAGUCGGGCGCUGCGACAUGCGUGUGGCGAUGCGCCUGCCUUCCUGGAACAGCCGGAGAAUCUAGUGAACCGGUCGUUUACGGCCGCGCGAGCUUUCCUUUCCAGAUGCACCCU